CCCACUUUGAGAGUGUCCUGCGCAUCUGAAGGAAGACCGAUUCAGUCAAGAGCUGAUUUAAAACUUUCGCUGAAGUUUCGAGGGGAUAUUUACAAAGAUGCCUCGCUCAUUUCUUGUCAAGAAGUAUUUCACCAACAAGAAGCCAAACUACAGUGAACUGGAGAGUCAGACGGACCGGCGAUAUGCUGUCGUCCCCCAGUGCUUCCCUCUGGAUGACUUUGGCACAAAAGAAGGCGACUCUCUGGUGCCCAAAUAUCCCUCCAUGCUUGUGUGGAGCUCCAGUGCUCUGCCACUCCCAUUCCCUGGGGCUUCCUCCAGCAUGUCCUGCCCCCCUGCACCCCUGGACCUGAGCUCUCCAUCCAGCAGCAGCGGAGAGGAGGACGACUGCCGCACCUCUGACCCGCCUAGUCCAGACCCUAGCGACCGCUUCCAGUGCCCACACUGCGGGAAGAGCUGCAGCAGCCCAGCUGCUCUAUCCCGCCACCAGCUCACACACUGCAGCCCGCAGGACAGCAUGAGCGGAGCUACCAGCUCCAUCACCAGCUCCAGGGCUGCUUUCCACUGCAAACACUGUCCCAAAGAGUACAACAGCCUGGGUGCGCUGAAGAUGCACAUCCGCUCGCACACACUGCCCUGCGUGUGCGGCACCUGCGGGAAGGCCUUCUCCAGACCCUGGCUCCUGCGGGGACACAUCCGCACACACACAGGCGAGCGCCCGUUCUCCUGCCCUCACUGUAACCGUGCAUUCGCUGACCGCUCGAACCUGCGGGCUCAUCUGCAGACCCACUCCGAGGUGAAGAAGUACCAGUGCGGCUCGUGCUCUCGGACCUUCAGCCGCAUGUCCCUCCUGCACAAGCACACGCUGUCCGGCUGCUGUCCGGCGCUCUAGAGGACACACACACCACCUCAGUGACUGAAUGAACUGUGUUCAACCACAAAGUGCCUUUCUUUCUUCCACAAAGGAGAGAUGAUAUUUUUCUGCUGGUUUUACCAAAGAGAGACUCUGAUGACUUGUCAGCCAUAUUUGCAACGUUCAGUUCAUCCAAGACCAAAGUCUUAUCUACAUGAAUGUGGGAAAUCCUGAAAACUGAACUCUCAAUUUUUUUAUAAUUAUUUUUUAGGGGUUUUCACCUUUAUUGACAGGACAGUGGAGCUUUACAGACAGGGAAGUGUGGGGAGCAGAGAUACGGGAAAGAUCGGCAAAGAACCUCAAGCCAGGAAUCGAACUCGGGUCACCACAAGCACCUGGAUGCUAUGUGUUGACGCACUAACCACUAGGCU